GAGACCAGUGCUACCGGGAUGAGCCGCAUCGGGGUUGGCUGCGUCGGAAGGAAUCGAACCGGAGCGAACUGAAGCAGGCAGUGCGGGGCUCGGUCCGAUCUGAGCGGAGCGCAUCGGGCUGAGCUGAACCGACGGCACCGCGCGGGGAACGGGAGGGAAGUGGCACCGGCGGGGCAGCGCAAUGGAGGAGAGCGCGGAGUGGGGCACGCUGAGCCCCGAGGAGUUCGCCCAGCUCCAGAAGUACCUGGACUACAGCAGCAGGAAGGUGCAGGACGUGCUGCAGGAGUUCUGUGGUGACGGGAUGCUGUCCCAGCACCUUCAGGGAGAGUGCGUGGACUUCGAGGGCUUCAAGCUGUUUCUGAGGAGCUACUUGGAGGCAGCUGAUGUCCCGGACACGCUGUGCCAUCACCUCUUCAGGUCCUUCCAGAGCGCAGGGCAGCCGGGCGCUGGUGAGGACAUGGGGGGGGGCUGGGAAAUGGGGGGGGGGGCCAGGCCCCGGGGGGGGGAGCGUGGGUUCAGCCUCAUCCAUCCCACAGAUGCUGAUCUCGUCUGCGUUAACGAUGUCUCCUGCUACUUCUCACUGCUGGAGGGCGGGCGCCCCGAGGACAAGCUGGAGUUCACAUUUAAGCUGUACGACAAGGAUGGGAACGGGCUCCUGGACAGCUCGGAGGUGGAGCGGAUCAUCACCCAGAUGAUGCGGGUGGCCCAGUACCUGGACUGGGACGUCACAGAGCUGAAGCCGAUCCUGCAGGAGAUGAUGCGGGAGAUCGACUAUGAUGGCAGUGGCACGGUGUCGUUGGCGGAGUGGCUGCGCGGCGGUGUAACCAACAUCCCCCUGCUGGUGCUGCUGGGCCUGGAGGUGCACAUGAAGGAUGAUGGGCAGCACAUGUGGCGCCUGAAGCACUUCAACCGUCCCGCCUACUGCAACGUGUGCGAGACGUUGCUGGUCGGGCUGCGCAAACAGGGGCUGUGCUGCACCUUCUGCAAGUUCACGGUCCACGAGCGCUGCGCCCGCAAGGCCCCCCCCAGCUGCAUCAGCACCUACGCCAAGUCCCGCAAGGAGGCCGGUGUCCAAGCCCACGUCUGGGUGAAAGGGGGCUGCGAGGCCAGCAAGUGUGGCAAAUGCCAGAAGAAAAUCAAGAGCUUCCAGAGCCUGACGGGGCUGCACUGCGUCUGGUGUCACCUCAAGAUCCACGAGGAUUGCAAGCCCGCUGUGCCCCCCGCUUGUGACUGUGGGCUGCUGAGGGACCACAUCCUGCCCCCCUCCGCCAUCUAUCCUGUGGUGCUGGAGCGGCAGAACAGCCAAAAGGACGAGAGUGGGACGCCGGGUGAGGACGGACCACAGGUCUUCACCACCCCUGAAGGACAGGCGCUGCGGGUCAGCCCUGUGCCCGACACCCACCCACUCCUCGUCUUCGUCAACCCCAAGAGCGGAGGGAAGCAGGGAAAGAGAGUGCUCCGGAAGUUCCAGUACCUGCUGAACCCCCGGCAGGUCUACAACCUGCAGCAAGGAGGACCCAACCCGGGGCUCAAUUUCUUUCGGGACGUGCCAGAUUUCCGCAUCCUGGUGUGCGGCGGUGACGGCACCGUGGGAUGGAUCCUGGAUGCCAUUGACAAAGCCAACCUUCCCCGACGACCACCCGUGGCCGUUCUGCCCCUGGGCACCGGCAACGACCUGGCGCGGUGCCUGCGCUGGGGUGGAGGCUACGAUGGGGAGAACCUGGUGAAGAUCCUGAAGGACAUCGAGGGCAGCAGCGUGGUGCAGAUGGACCGCUGGCACCUGCGGGUGCUGCCCACCUGCCCCACCGAGGCUGGUGACCCCGUGCCCUACGAGAUCGUCAACAACUACUUUUCCAUUGGGGUGGAUGCCUCCAUCGCGCACCGCUUCCACGUCAUGCGGGAGAAAUACCCCGAGAAGUUCAACAGCAGGAUGAAGAACAAGCUCUGGUACCUGGAGUUUGCCACCUCCGAGACGCUCUUUGCCACCUGCAAGAAGCUCAAGGAGUGCCUGAGCAUCGAGUGCUGCGGGACCCCCCUGGAGCUGCGGGGUGCGCUGGCGGGGGUUGCCGUGCUCAACAUCCCCAGCAUGCACGGAGGCUCCAACCUGUGGGGUGAAACCAAGCGCCCGCUGGGGGAGGCGAGGCGGCCGCCCGGUGCCGCUCAGCCCCCGGCCAUCACCGACGCCGAAACGCUCAAGACCUGCGUGCAGGACCUGAGCGACCAGCGGUUGGAAGUUGUGGGGCUGGAGGGAGUGCUGGAAAUGGGGCAGAUCUACACAGGGCUGAAGAGCGCAGGAACGCGGCUGGCCAAGUGCUCCGAGAUCACCGUGCGGACGCUGAAAGCCCUCCCCAUGCAGAUUGAUGGAGAGCCCUGGAUGCAGCCACCCUGCACUAUCAAGAUCACCCACAAGAACCAGGCGCCCAUGCUGAUGGCCCCCCCGCCCCGCUCCUCCAGCUUCUUUGGCCUCAAGAAGGGCUCUGUGGAGGGCUAAAGGGGACCGGACCCCCCCACCCCCCAGCACUGGGCAGGGCCCUUCUGUUCUUCCCCAUUCUCCCCUGUGCACCCAGGGAUGGGUUCCCCCACGGGGGGGUGGGAGGAGAGGCUGGAGUCCCCACCCCGCUGGGCCCCCCCACACCCGUGCCCUAUUUAUUACACCCAACCCCCGCGUUUCAAGUGCCUCUUGUAGUAAUAAAGCUGGCGGCUGGGCCCCCCCCAUCUCCCCCCAUGCAAACAGA